GUACGCCUCCGGUCCCGCCCCCGCCGCGGCGGGCAGGACCGUGCGGGCUGCGGGCUGGCACCGGGCCCGCCCCGCCCAGAACCGGCACCAGCGCCGGCACCAGCACCGGCACCGGCACCAGCACCGACACUGGUCCAUGGAGGCUCCGGGAGCAGCAGGCAGCCGGUGAGCCCAGGCCGGAGCAGGGCGGCGUGGCCGGUGUCACGGCGUGACCAUGCAGGCGGAGGCCAGAGGGGAUUUUGGUGGCCGAGACCAGCGUCCUGAGCUCGGCAAGGAGACGCUGGCCACGGAGCGUCCAGUGGGGACCCCGACCCACAGGCCAGCCCCAGCGCCCCCUGGAACGCCCGCCGAGGAGCAGGGCAAUGUCCCCAUCCCCAGCGCUGGCCUUCUGCAGGUCACUGAGCGCAGACAGCCCCUGAGCAGCGUCUCCUCGCUGGAGGUUCACUUUGACCUGCUGGACCUGACCGAGCUGACUGACAUGUCAGACCAGGAGCUGGCAGAAGUCUUCGCCGACUCCGACGAGGAGAACACAACAGGAGAGGUACCCAGUGGGCUGCAGGCACCGGCUGUGCCCAGGGCUGGGUACCUGCGUUCGCCCUCCUGGACCCGAGCACGGGAGCAGAACCGGGACAAGAAACACCUCAGUGACACGGAGCUGCCACCAGGACCACCGGACACCUUCCUGCCUACCGAGCGGCCACGGGAGCCCUGAGGCCAGCUGUGGGACAGGGGGAUGGAUGUAGGGACAUGCCAGGGGACGGACAUCAGGACACACCAGUGGAUGGAGACCAGGAUGCACCAGAGGAUGGACACCGGGACCUACCGGGGGGAUGGACAUGGGGACAUGCUGGAGAAUGAACACUGGGAUGUGCUGGGGGAUGGACACUGGGACAUGCUGGGGAUGGACAUGGGGACAAGCCAGUGUCCCAGCACUGCUGCAGCCCGUCCCAGCUGCCCUGCCCACAGGUGCCAGGACACAGGACUGGUGCCACUGACCCAAGGUCACUGGGAACCAACCCCGGGCAGCAGCAGCUCCCAGCCCCUUGAUGGGAGGAGGCACAGGGCUAGCCAAACCCAGUGGCCCAGUGCCUACUGGGCUGUGGGGAAGGAGCAGCCAGCCCCAUCCUGUCAGGACCUGGGGUUUCCCAUAGCUACUGGGAGCAUGGCUGGUGCCCGCCUGGUGCCCAUGUAGCAGCGCUGUGUUCCGGUAAAACUGACCGACCCACCA